UUGUGUUUAGUGAGUAUGUUGUGUGAGUAAAACUGGGCUUCCAUCUGUUACUUUCAUGUCACUGUUUGCACCAGUCAAAAUAACUGGUUGCGAGUUUUGCUUUAUUUUGUUUUGUUUUAGUGGGGAGGGUACUGUGAGUUAUUUUGAGUAGGUUCGAGUUAACUGGGUAAUUUUCUUUAAUGUUGAAAGUUACAUCUUGAUCAUGAGUUUAAAUACCAUAUGAAAAUAAAGAGUGCCUCCUCUUUCCCAUAAAUCUCACCUAUUUCCACAACAGAUCAUGUCACUUUUUCAGCAUUAUUAUAAGAAUAUCCAGAGGACCUCAAUUUUGAAGAAAGUCCCUGAAAUUAUGCAGAUGCAAAUCCUGCUUUUGCCUCACACCACAGAACUGUCAAAGUCCUUGUCAUCGCUUUUCCUGUUGAUCAUUUUACUAUUGCUUUUUCUUAUAAAGGAAGGAAAUGGGAGCCCAGGAGGUGAUCUAGUUCUCGCCUCUUUUGUGCUUCUUUGAAGCCAGAAGCUACUGUUUCUUCCUAUUUGCUCUCAAACACAUUCAGACUUGAGCAAGAAGAGGAGGGAAGGACAGAGCAAGGACUCAUUAAAACUUGAGAAAUAAAUUAGCGCUGCCUAAGAACUGUUCAUUCUUCGUUUCAGACCUGUUUUGCUGCUAUUACUUUAACUUCCUUACCAAAUUUUGACUUUAAAAAUUUAUUAAGUCUUUCCUCCGCUGCCACUAAGGUGCUCGGUUCUUCCAAGGAAGCUAAGGCCGUUUUGGGGUGAGGCCCUCACUUCAUCCGGUGACUAGCACCGCACCCGGCAUCCCCUACCUAGCACUCACCCACACCAUGGCCUCUGUCUCGGAGCUCGCUUGCAUCUAUUCUGCCCUCAUUCUGCACAAUGAUGAGGUGACGGUCAUGGAGGAUAAGAUCAAUACCCUCAUUAAAGCAGCCGGUGUAAAUGUUGAGCCUUUAUGGCCAGGUUUGUUUGCAAAGGCUUUGGCCGAUGUCAACAUCAGGAGCCUCAUCUGCUAUGUGGGGGCUGGUGGACCUGCCCCGGCAGCUGGUGCUGCACCAGCAGGAGGUCCUGCCCCAUCCACCAUUGCUGCCCCAGCUGAGGAGGAGAAAGUAAAAGCAAAGAAAGAAGAAUCUGAAGAGUCUGAUGAUGACACGGGCUUUGAUCUUUUUGACUAAAACUCUUUAGUAACACAUUCAAUAAAAAGCUGAGCUGUUAAAAAAAAA